AAAAUAUGAUGAUCGCUUGCUUCAUCAUACUCUUGUGUACACUUGAAGUCAUCUGCGUAGGGCACGUCAAAUACACUUUGCUACACUCGGCUGUUCCAAAAGGAGCAGUCUGUCUGGAUGGAACUCCACCAGCAUAUGCCUACAGUGAGGGAUGUGGAGAUGGAUCUACAAACUGGCUCGUUUACUUGGAGGGCGGUGCAUGGUGUGAUUUAGAGGUAGAGACAUGUCAAUAUAGGUCAAGAACCUAUUUUGGAAGCACUUACUAUGAGUUUCCUUAUAACGGGAUAGAAUUCAAAGCAAUACUUGAAUCAGAUUGUCAAUUGAAUCCCGGUGGGAGGAUCUAUAAUGUUGUAAUGGAAGAGCUGCUUGGCAAAGGAAUGAGAAAUGCCCAUAAUGCUAUCUUGGCGGGUUCUUCGGCAGGUGGAUUGAGCACAAUCCUACAUUGUGAUAGAUUCCGAGCCCUGUUUCCAAAUACCACAAGAGUCAAGUGUAUAUCGGAUAGUGGUUUUUUUAUAUGGGAAGGUGAAUUGGCAAAACAAUCAGAAAGCCAUUUUGCUCAAGUGAUUGCAGCAAAUGGACUUAGACCAUUACUGCCUAGAUCAUGCACGUCUAAGAGGGACCCCAAUUUGUGUCUCUUCGCUGAGUAUUUGGUUGAAGAUGUUGCCACUCCACUCUUUAUACUUGAAGCAGCUUUUGAUAUGUACCAGAUUAAAUCCAACUUCAUAUUAACUGUUCCUGGUCUGGAUCGAAUGCAAUGGGAAAAUUGUUCAAAAAGCCUGGAACAGUGCAAUGCUACAGAAAUAGGAAUCAUAAAGGAUUUUGGACCUAUUUUCAAGAAGACAUUAAUGAAGCUCGGUAACUCUUCGAGCAGAGGGGUAUUUUUGGAUUCGUGCUAUCUUCAUUUUCAUUUCUAUUCAACAUAUAAUUGGAUAUCCACACCAGUACUUCCCAACAAAACCAUACAAAAAGCUAUUGGUGAUUGGUUCUAUGAUCGAAGUACAUUUCAAGAGAUAGAUAAUCAUUUAUAUCCACAAAAUUGUUAUCGUAAACAGUUGGCUGGUCUUAUUAUUUAUGACAAUAUUAUGUGUAUGGUUUAAAGUAUUAUUUUUAGU